GUUUUGUUCUUAAGAGAUUGUUUAUUAGCUUAAAGCAACUGUAGUAUUAAAUUACAGGUGCGUAUUUGUUCUAGAACGGAUAAAUUUGAAAUUUAUUCUAAAUCAGUUGGACAAAUAAAAAAGAUCCAAUUAGAACGUGACAAUUAUGGUGAACAUUUAGACUGGUAUUUAGAACAAAUUAUAAUUGAUGAUAUGGAAAAAAAAUCAAACCAUAUUUUUCCGUGUCACGACUGGUUCUCGCAGGACUCGAUUAAAGUUUUCACUGUCGAUCAACAUUUAGUUCCUAUUUCCGAGAGUAGAAGCAGCUCGAAAAUGGAAAAUGCUCUUGCUGAUUUUCAAAAUGUGGCUGAAAUUUAUAAUACAGAAUAUUCAGUAUCGAUAUUAAAUAAAAAUGAAUGGAAUGUUGAGAAUGCAUUGCAAGCUUAUUCUGAUGAACAGACACCACAACAAAUCACAACGACACCAAAACCUGAACGUAUGUCACUAAUUUGUUUUCUCGUUGAAUAUACAAUACCUAAUAGUGAUUUGUUGCUGCGAUAUGACGUUUAUAAAUUUUGGUUGGAAAUAUAG